CUCAAUGCGUGAAGAACAUAAAGUCUAAAGGUGCAGCCUAUUUUUCUGCCUAAUAUUGAAUUAUUAUAUGGAGCAGAAAGCUUAGUUAUUUCAUCCAUAAACAAUGUUUAUGAUUAAUAUUUUAAUAUAUUUUUCAAUAAUCACAUCAAGAAUUUCGAUUCUUAAUGCACAAUAUGAACCUUAUGGCGGAUAUGAUAGCUUCCAAAAUGCGGCCAGCAUUCCAAUUGGUUUGCUCACUGAUCAAAAUACGGAUGAAAUGAAUAUUGUAUUUGAUCAUGCAAUCGACGUAGCUAAUGAAGAGCUGGGCCUAGCUAUGACAUCCCUAAAAGCGGAAGUGAACUACGGCGAUGCUUACCACAGUUACGGUAAGCUGUGUCGCAUGCUGGAGACGGGUAUAGCAGGUGUCUUUGGACCUUCAUCACGACACACGGCUUUGCAUUUGAUGUCCAUAUGCGAUGCCAUGGAUAUACCCCAUAUAUACUCUUAUAUGAGCGAAAAUUCCGAGGGCUUCAAUUUGCAUCCCCAUCCUGCUGACCUAUCGAAGGCUCUUUAUAGCCUUAUAACUGCGUUCGAGUGGUCGCGUUUUAUAUUUCUUUAUGAAUCGGCUGAAUAUCUGAGUAUUCUGAAUGAGCUCAACUCCCUCUUCGGCAUGAAUGGGCCAAUCGUCACAGUGUUACGCUACGACAUGCAGCUGAAUGGGAACUAUAAGCCGGUGUUAAGGCGCGUACGCAAGUCCAAAGACAAUCGGAUUGUAGUCGUGGGCUCCACAGAUACAGUGCCAGAAUUUCUGAAUCAAGCACAACAAGUUGGUAUUAUCAAUGAAGACUAUAGUUAUAUCAUUGGAAAUUUAGACUUUCACUCAUUCGAUUUGGAGGAGUACAAAUACAGUGAGGCCAAUAUAACAAGUUUUCGACUGUUUUCCUCGGAAAAAAAGGCUGUUAAGGAGCUUAUGGAGAAAAUGGGCUAUACAAGCGAACAAGAUGACUUUCGGAAUGGCUCCUGCCCCAUUACCGUGGAAAUGGCUCUCACAUAUGAUGCAGUGCAAUUGUUUGCUGAAACUCUAAGGAAUCUGCCCUUCAAACCGGUUUCCCAGAAUUGCUCACAACGCACAGAAAGUGUGCGAGACGAUGGUUCCUCCUUCAAGAACUAUAUGAGAACGCUACGUCUGAAGGACCGAUUGCUCACUGGACCUAUUUACUUCGAGGGCAACGUACGCAAAGGCUAUCAUUUGGACGUAAUUGAGCUACAGCCCUCCGGAAUAGUCAAAGUGGGCACGUGGAGCGAGGAGCGUGACUUCAGGCCAGAGCGCUUGGCGGCGACCAACUCUCAAUUCGAUAAUAUUGAUAAUUCUCUGGCAAACAAAACGUUUAUCAUAUUGCUUUCAGUGCCGAACAAACCUUACGCCAGUUUGGUGGAGAGCUACAAGCAGCUUGAGGGCAACAGUCAAUAUGAAGGAUAUGGUGUAGAUCUGAUCAUGGAACUGGCUGAUAAACUUGGAUUUAACUUUACAUUUAAGAAUGGAGGCAAUGACUAUGGAUCAUACAACAAAACUUCGAAUGAAUCUACGGGCAUGCUAAGAGAGAUAAUGCAUGGAUACGCUGAUUUAGCAGUCACUGAUCUGACUAUAACAUCGGAGCGUCAGGAGGCCAUCGAAUUUAGUAUACCGUUUAUGAAUCUUGGCAUUGCUAUACUUUUCUUAAAGCCUCAGAAAGCCCAGCCAGAACUUUUCACCUUCAUGGAUCCCUUUUCAGAGGAGGUUUGGUGGUUCCUGGGAUUGUCAUUUUUGGGCGUUUCGUUAAGCUUUUUCAUACUUGGCCGUCUGUCGCCCAGUGAAUGGGAUAACCCCUACCCUUGCAUUGAAGAGCCAGAAGAGUUAGAGAAUCAGUUUACAAUAGGCAACUCAAUUUGGUUUACAACUGGUGCUCUGCUACAGCAAGGCUCAGAAAUAGGACCAAAAGCCUUAUCCACACGCACUGUGGCUAGUUUUUGGUGGUUCUUCACGUUGAUUGUCGUGUCCUCCUAUACAGCCAAUUUGGCUGCUUUUUUGACUAUUGAGAAGCCACAAAGUUUAAUCAACAGCGUGGAUGAUUUGGCGGAUAACAAAGAUGGCGUUGUCUAUGGAGCCAAGCGAACAGGAUCAACUAGAAAUUUCUUUUUGAACUCUGAGGAUGAACGCUACAUAAAAAUGAAUAAAUUUAUGACUGAGCAUCCCGAGUAUCUAACAGAGACCAAUCAGGAGGGUGUGGACCGCGUUAAGGUUAGCACUCAAUACGCAUUUCUCAUGGAAUCCACAUCCAUUGAGUACAACACAAAACGUGAAUGUAAUCUCAAGAAAAUUGGCGAUGCUCUGGACGAGAAAGGCUAUGGCAUAGCCAUGCGGAAAAAUUGGCCCCAUCGUGAUAAAUUGAAUAAUGCUCUGCUGCAGCUGCAGGAGCAGGGCGUGCUGGAGAAGAUGAAAAACAAAUGGUGGAAUGAAGUUGGCUCUGGAAUUUGCGCCACCAAGGAAGAAGCACCAGAAGCCACAGCUCUGGCCAUGGAUAAUUUGGAGGGUGUUUUCUUCGUGUUGCUCGUGGGUUCAUGUUGCGCGUUGCUCUAUGGGGCGGUGAGCUGGGUGCUGUUCAUCGUCAAAAAGGCGCGGCACUUUAAGGUACCGUUCAAGGAGGCUUUCUUGGAAGAGUUUCGGUUUUUAAUUGACUUCAAUAACUAUGUCCGCGUGCUCAAGAGCUCGGAUUCGAUUUACUCACGUAGUCGUCAGUCUUCUAUGUCAGUGGGUUCAGUAGGACAGUAAUAAUACCACUAAUUUGGUCAUCGUUAGCUUUAUUAAAAAGUUUUUUAAAUUCAAAUGGAAUGCUUGAAACAAUUUGAAAAGUACCUUUUCAAGUUCAAAUGCCUAUUAAAGCAACUGCAUAUAGCUUAACUGUUAAUACUAAUUGUUCUGUGCAAUAAACGUACUCGAUUUGCAUAUGCACCAAAAAAUA